AUGAACGGGCAUAUCAUCACGCUCGCAUUGUUGCUGCCCGGGGUGGGCAUGGCAGUGGGGCAGCAUGGCAGUGGGGCAGCAUGGCAGUGGAGCAGCAUGGCAGUGGAGCAGCAUGGCAGUGGAGCAGCAUGGCAGUGGAGCAGCAUGGCAGUGGGGCAGCAUGGCAGUGGAGCAGCAUGGCAGUGGAGCAGCAUGGCAGUGGAGCAGCAUGGCAGUGGAGCAGCAUGGCAGUGGAGCAGCAUGGCAGUGGAGCAGCAUGGCAGUGGAGCAGCAUGGCAGUGGAGCAGCAUGGCAGUGGGGCGGCAUGGCAGUGGGGCAGCAUGGCAGUGGGGCAGCAUGGCAGUGGGGCAGCAUGGCAGUGGGGCAGCAUGGCAGUGGAGCAGCAUGGCAGUGGGGCGGCAUGGCAGUGGGGCAGCAUGGCAGUGGGGCAGCAUGGCAGUGGGGCAGCAUGGCAGUGGGGGCAGCAUGGCAGUGGGGCAGCAUGGCAGUGGGGCAGCAUGGCAGUGGGGCAGCAUGGCAGUGGGGCAGCAUGGCAGUGGGGCAGCAUGGCAGUGGGGCAGCAUGGCAGUGGGGCAGCACCAACAGCAGAUCAUUUAA